CUGAGGAGGACUUGAGUUGUGCUGUCAUGUUGGUGUACAAGGGAACUCUGGGACUGCUGGGCCUGCUGCUCAUCUGCUCUGUUAGAGCUAAUGAGGGGGACACUGAGCUGUCUGUAGGGGAGCUGAUCGAGAGAGCCAACGCCAAUAUCGUUCGCGGUGUCGGCGAGCCGGAGCUGAUCGAAGGAGACAUCGCCGUUUACGAUGAGAGCGAGAGGAACGCUGAUCCCUGCACCGCCACCAGCUGCAUGUGGCCAAAAUCCAGCGACGGGAAAGUCUACGUACCCUAUGUCAUCUCCAGCCAGUACUCCACCAGCGAGCGGCAGGUUAUCCAGCGAGGCCUGGACUCCUUCUCGUCCAUCACCUGCAUCCGCUUCAAGCAGCGCUCCAGUGAGAGGGAUUACAUUAGCAUUGAGUCGCUCAGCGGGUGCUACUCGUCUGUCGGACGGCGUGGAAAUGCUCAGACGUUGUCUCUGGCUCGCAGUGGCUGCAUCUACCACAAGACCGUCCAGCACGAACUGCUUCAUGCUCUGGGCUUCAAUCAUGAACAGACCCGCAGCGACCGUGACGGCUACAUCCGCGUCGUCUGGGAGAACAUUAUAGACGGCAAGCAACACAACUUCGACAAGAAGGCGACUCUGAAUCAGGGAACGACCUACGACUACAACUCAGUCAUGCAGUAUUUCAGUACUGCUUUCUCUAAAAAUGGCCAGCCCACCAUGGUGCCCAUCCCUGACCCCAACGUGCUCUUCGGUCAGGCCAGCGAGAUGAGCAAAAGCGACAUUCUCCGACUGAACCGGCUCUAUCAGUGCUAACCUGGAUGCAGAUGCCCUGACCUGGUCUGUGAUUGGACUGCCCGGAAUUAUAAAAUAAAUUCUAUUAAUUGUGUUUGCAGCAAUUUUAACAA